GUAUAUCUGUCUGGGCGGGUCUCAGGGGACCCUUACGAGAAACCGUAAGGUGAAAACGCUUGAAAACCAUGUCCCUGGAUUAAGAAAAACAAAUAUUCAGACCAGUGGCCGGAGUGCUGGUCCAUCCAUUCAGGCACUCAGUCCCCACUGAUUGUCUGUAGGGGGAGGCACCAAGUGAAUUAUAUCUGUAGAGUCACACCUAGGCAAAUGCUGCAUGCCUUACAGAGGCGCCCAAUAAAUGUUUUUACUGUAUUGAAUAUUUAAAUAACGUUUGUUUUUCUACUUAUAACAACAAUCUACAUGUUCAGUUUUGGACGUUCUGAAAAUAAGAGUAUACUAUAAAUUUAAAAAAACACAAGUAAUUCAUCACCAGGAAAUAACUACUCAGCAUUCGGGUGUAUAAAAAGUAUGUGUAUAACACGCAUAUAAAUACACAAUUUCUUAACCCACAAAUGGAAUCCUGGUUCCUACUUCAGCAGCAGAGUCCUGGUGGCCUUCCCAGGAAAUACAGUAAUGAAGCGGAAUCUCCCUGCCACUACAGAGGGAUAUUAAUGUCUAGAGUGCUGCAGGGACAUGACAUGGGAUUGUACAACCAAGAGAUAAGGCAUGCAAAAAACCAGUGCAUAAAUAUGUCACUCAAACCUGAAGAUGGCUUAUAGGGAGAGUGUUAUUUGCAGAUGCAGUGUGCCAGGCCUAUGACAGGCAACUAGUAAAUGUUUGUUGAAUCUUCAGUGUAGUUUUAUGGCAGUUAUUACACUUUGUACUUUCUUUCCAAGAGGCCCAGUGUUUCCAGACCAUGUCAGAUAAGCCAUGCACAUAUACAAAAUUAGAAAAUUUUAUAAUAUUGCUAUAGAGCAAAUCCCAGAAAAGCAAACAUUUAAAUUUAUUUUUUUUGCUAAAAUAAAAUUACUGUCCACAGAAAACUAAGAAUGCACAAGAGAUUGAAAAAAUAACAUUGAAAAAGUCAUAAGCCUGCCACUGAGAGCAAUCACUAUUAACAUUUGACAUAUUCCCCAUGCAUAUAUUUUUUUCUAACACUUUUUGUUCCAGUUACAGUGAUUUUUAAAAAUUAAAACUAUAUAGAAGUAAAUUGGGUAAAAAAGUGAAAAACUACUUCACUCUAACCUCCAGUUCCUAUUUUCUCAAAAAACAGAUUUGUAUCCUAUGCUUUCAGAUUUUCUAUGCAUUUACAUACAUAUAUACCUGCAUGCUUAUAUUUUAAAAUAGGAUCAUACUAUGCAUAUUCUUUUAUUUAAUACAUUUUGGAAAUCUAGGUCAGAAGCUGUUUUUUGUUAAUAGCUGCAUAGGAUUCCAUUUUAAGGAUAAAGUAUAUACUGUAAUUCAUUCAGCCAUUCCCCUAUUGAUGAAUAGUUAGGUUUCUAAUUUUCUGCCAUUACUAACAGUGCUGCAGUGAACAUUUGUGAGUAUUUCUGUUGACCAGGUUCCUGGAAGGAAUUUUAGCAGGGUCAAAGGAUAUAUGAACAUACAUGUUUUUUUACAUAGUUGAGAUUAUAAAGCAGCUGUGAUCUUGGUUUAAGAUUAUAGAAUAUGUAGUUCCUCAUGUUAUUAAAUAUUUGUAUCAUUUUAAAAUUAAGUAAUAGUCUUUCUUAAUAAAGUACCUUUUGAAGAAUACGUAGCUCCAUAAAUCUUUGUCUGAAACUUCAGAUCAUCUCUUUAGGGCACAUACUCUGAAGUGGAUUUACUAUAUCAAAAGGCAUGAUACAUGUUUACAAGUUGCUUUCCAGAAAUACUGUGUAUACUUUUCACUCCUUAGGAGUGUUUGCAGACCCUGAAUAUUAGCAUUGACUUACCCUGUUUUUCACUGUCUUAGUGGGUGAACAAUGUUGAUUAAUUCUGGUUUUAACUUGCAUUUCUGAUGAUUGGUGAGAUUUGAACAUUUCCCAAAUAACUCCUCUGUAUCCUCACAUCUGUAUUCUCCCUGUAUUUAAUCUGUUAUCAAGUCCUGCAGAGUCCACUGCUUUGAAUGCGUAGAUCACCUCUUUCCUUUCUUUUUUAAAAGUGCUAUUGCAUUAGGUGAAUCCCUUAUGCCUUGAAGAGACUGGGAUUCUAACUGAUCUUGCUAGUGUCACCCCAACCCCCCUCUGUUUGAGUUCCACACUGUUGCUAGCGUGAUCUGUUUGAAAGGGCUUUGAUGACGUCACUCCCCUCCCCUUCCGUCACUCCCCUGUUUAAAACCUUUUGAAGGCCUUUCUCAUUUGUCCAUCACAUAAGGCCUUUAAGAUAUGAUUUCUACCUUCCAGCCUUAAUGUCUUGCCUGGCCUCAUCCUAUUUUAUGCUCCAUCGUAACUUUUAAAAUUCAUUUAUGGAUCCAUGAACUGCUACAUCAAAAUCAUAGUGAGCCAAGCUUGCCACCAAGAGCCCAACAGUCACCAUGAUGCUGAGCACGGAAGGCAGGGAGGGGUUCGUGGUGAAGGUCAGGGGCCUACCCUGGUCCUGCUCAGCUGAUGAAGUGAUGCGCUUCUUCUCUGAUUGUAAAAUCCAAAAUGGCACAUCAGGUAUUCGUUUCAUCUACACCAGAGAAGGCAGACCAAGUGGUGAAGCAUUUGUCGAACUUGAAUCCGAAGAUGAAGUGAAAUUGGCUUUGAAGAAGGACAGAGAAACCAUGGGACACAGAUAUGUUGAAGUAUUCAAGUCCAACAGUGUUGAAAUGGAUUGGGUGUUGAAGCAUACAGGUCCAAAUAGUCCUGAUACUGCCAACGAUGGCUUCGUCCGGCUUAGAGGACUCCCAUUUGGCUGUAGCAAGGAAGAGAUUGUUCAGUUCUUUUCAGGGUUGGAAAUUGUGCCAAAUGGGAUGACACUGCCGGUGGACUUUCAGGGGAGGAGCACAGGGGAGGCCUUUGUGCAGUUUGCUUCACAGGAGAUAGCUGAAAAGGCCUUAAAGAAACACAAGGAAAGAAUAGGGCACAGGUACAUUGAAAUCUUCAAGAGUAGCAGAGCUGAAGUCCGAACCCACUAUGAUCCCCCUCGAAAGCUCAUGGCUAUGCAGCGGCCAGGUCCCUAUGAUAGGCCAGGGGCUGGCAGAGGGUAUAAUAGCAUUGGCAGAGGGGCUGGGUUUGAAAGGAUGAGACGUGGUGCCUAUGGUGGAGGGUAUGGAGGCUAUGAUGACUAUGGUGGCUAUAAUGAUGGAUAUGGCUUUGGGUCCGAUAGGUUUGGAAGAGACCUCAAUUACUGUUUUUCAGGAAUGUCUGAUCAUAGAUAUGGAGAUGGUGGGUCCAGUUUCCAGAGUACCACAGGGCACUGUGUACACAUGAGGGGAUUACCUUACAGAGCCACUGAGAAUGAUAUUUACAAUUUUUUCUCACCUCUUAACCCCAUGAGAGUGCACAUUGAAAUUGGACCUGAUGGCCGAGUUACUGGUGAGGCAGAUGUUGAAUUUGCUACUCAUGAAGAUGCUGUGGCAGCUAUGGCAAAAGACAAAGCUAAUAUGCAACACAGAUAUGUGGAGCUCUUCUUGAAUUCUACUGCAGGAACGAGUGGGGGUGCUUAUGAUCACAGCUAUGUAGAACUCUUUUUGAAUUCUACAGCAGGGGCAAGUGGUGGUGCUUAUGGUAGUCAAAUGAUGGGAGGGAUGGGCUUAUCCAACCAGUCUAGUUAUGGGGGUCCUACUAGCCAGCAGCUAAGUGGUGGCUAUGGAGGUGGUUAUGGUGGUCAGAGCAGUAUGAGUGGAUACGACCAAGUUCUGCAGGAAAACUCCAGUGACUAUCAGUCAAACCUUGCUUAAGUAAAGAAGGAACACUAAACAGCUGUUACAGAAAUAAAAGCUGUGCAUUUAUGGGAGUUGUAGAAUGGGAGGGAUGUCUAGCCUAUCCAGUGUGAUUGGUAAUUGGGAAAUAUCAUUGAUUCUGAUCACUCUUGGACAACUUCUUUUUCUUUCUUUCUUUCUUUCUUUCUUUCUUUCUUUCUUUCUUUCUUUCUUUCUUUCUUUCUCUUUCUUUCUUUCUUUCCUUUUUUUAAAGAAAACAAAAAUUAAGUUUAACAGUUUCGCAUUACAGGCUUGUGAUUCAUGCUUACUGUAAAGUGGAAGUCAAGGUUUUAAAACUUCAAGCUCAGUAAUUUUGAACACUGAAGCAUUCACUUAGGAUGUAAUAACAGCGUUCAGUAUUGACCAUAACUGUUAAAACAACUUUCAGCUUUCCUCAAGUUAGUUAUGUUGUAGGAGUGUACCUAAGCAGUAAGCGUAUUUAGGUUAAAGCAGUUUCACUUAUGUUAAAUGUUGCUCUUAUACCACAAUACACUGAAAACUUUGGAUGCAUGUUGAGAAACAUGCUUUUCUGUAAAACUCAAAUAUAGGAGCUGUGUCUACGAUUCAAAGUGAAAACAUUUGGCAUGUUUGUUAAUUCUAGCUUUUUGGUUUAAUAUGCUGUAAGGCACGUGACUGUACACUUUUACUUUUUUUUUUUUUAAGAUCUGGGACAAUUUUGAGAUGUAAUACCAAUACUUUAGGAGUUUGGUCAUGUCGUUUGUAUGAGAUUCUGAGGCUUUGAUUUAAAUCUUUCCUUGUAUUGUGAUUUCCAUUAGAUGUAUUGUACUAAGUGAAACUUGUUAAAUAAAUCUUCCUUUUAAAAACUGGAAAAA